CCGUCGGCCGCGGGGGGCAAGGUGAACGAGGCUUGGAAGACGCGGCCUUAGCAGAAGCCCAAGUUUGCUGAUGGAUUUAGGGCGGGGGAGGACGACGACCAGACGAUGCAACGCCCACCGUAUCCCUCCGACUCUCUUGGGAGCUUAGGAUAUUUCACAGUUCUGAAUGUUAGCAACUGAAAAUGCCUGUAGACGAUGAAGCAUCUGAAGAUGACUCGGAUUCAGUUUCUUCAAACACUGAAAGAACCUACAUUUUCAAAUAAGAGAGUAUAAUGAUUUCUGUACACUAUGGAAGAUUUUGAUUUGGUGAAACCCUUACGAAAAACUUCAUCUUCUAUAGAAUCUGAUAUAAAAAAUUCUUCCCAUUCUUUUGGACUGAACUUAAAUACUAAUAGAAGUAGUCCCCACCUUAGUACAAAUGGGGUAUCCUCUUUCUCAGGGAAGACCAGACCAUCUGUAAUUCAAGGUACAGUUGAAGUCCUAACCUCUUUAAUGCAAGAGCUACAAAACAGUGGAAGGACUGAUUCGGAACUUUGGAAAAACUGUGAGACCAGGUGGUUACAACUCUUCAAUUUGGUGGAAAAACAAUGCGAACAACAGAUAAUUGCCCAGCAGGAGCAGUUCCACAACCAAAUUCAACGAAUACAGGAGGAGAUAAAAAACUUAGUCAAGUUACAGACCAGUAAUACUUCCUGGGCUCCCUCCGAUAGUUCUUUAAGCAAACCAUUAUCUUCAGAAAGUCAAAUGGGUUUUUUUUCUGAAAACAGUGAGAGAAAUGAACCUAUUAUCAGUUAUCCUAAGUCUACAGAACCCGAAAUGCAGCAAGAAACGUCCACGUCACAACCAGACUGCAAUGUGGAUAGUAGCUCAGUGAGCAGUGGGUAUGGUACCUUUUGUGUCUCCGAAUUAAAUACCUACAAAUCUAAGGACCCUCAGGAGUUCAUGGAGCACACAGAAGUUUCUGAAGGACAGUUUGGAGAGCCUUUGGGGCAGACGGAGUCACUUGUAGAUGGUGUAAAAAACAAGAGUUUUCAUAUACAUACCACUGAAGAGUUUUGUGCAUCUUUAAAGGAAGAUAUUUCCAUUUUUCCUGGUGAAUUUGAACACCAUUUUCUUGACGAAAAUAAGAUUUCAGAAGUAUACGGUGGAAAAACAAAUAGUAAAUCUAUAACGUCAUGGGCACAAAAGCUGAAGCAGAACCAACCAAAGAGAGCACUUACAGAAGAGGGGUGUUCAAAAUCUACGCAAGGAAAUGAGCAAGCCAAGAAAUCACCAGUCGAGAAAUCUAAUUUCACUGCUGCUAAGCAUCCCCAUGCUUUUUACCUCAGUAAACCAGAGGAGAGUCCAAACUCUUGGAUGUCCGAUUCAGGAACAGGUUUGACUUAUUGGAAGCUGGAGGAGAGGGACAUGUAUCACUCUUUGCCUGAGACUUUAGAGAAGAUGUGUGUACCGGCCUCCUCCACAGAUAUGUCCCCAGGCCAGUCUAAUACUAGUAAUGAGAUGAAGCUACCAUCACUGAAGGAUAUUUAUCAUAAAAAACAAAGGGAAAACAAGCAGUUACCUGAGAGGAAUCUCACUUCUGCUUCCAACCCAAAUCAUCCACCAGAGGUACUAACUCUAGAUCCAACGUUACACAUGAAGCCAAAUCAGCAGAUUUCAGGGAUUCAACCACAAGGCUUUUUGAAUGCCCUUGAUGACAGAAUAUCCUUUUCACCAGACUCUGUUCUAGAACCUAGUAUGUCUAGUCACUCUGACAUAGACUCAUUUUCACAAGCAAGUAAUAUCGCUUCUCAGUUAUCUGGAUUCCCAAAAUAUCCUUCAAAUACAAAAGCUUCACCAGUGGACUCUUGGAAAAAUCAUGGAUUCCAAAAUGAAAGUAGGACCAGUUCCACGUUUCCUUCAGUUUAUACUAUUACUAGUAAUGACAUCUCCGUCAACACUGUAGAUGAAGAAAACACUGUCAUGGUAACCUCAGCCUCAGUCAGUCAGUCGCAGCUUCCAGGGACAGUCAACAGUAUCCCAGAAUGCAUUUCCUUGGCUUCCCUGGAAGAUCCUGUGAUAUUGUCCAAAAUUAGGCAGAACCUGAAGGAAAAGCAUGCUCGACACAUGGCAGAUCUUCGAGCUUACUAUGAAUCAGAAAUAAAUAGUUUGAAACAGAAACUGGAGGCAAAGGAAAUUUCUGCAGUUGAAGAUUGGAAGAAAACCAAUCAAAUUCUUGUAGACAGAUGUGGCCAUUUAGAUAGUGCUCUGAAUGAAGCUACCAGUCGUGUGAGAACACUUGAAAAUAAGAAUAACUUACUGGAAAUAGAAGUCAGUGAUUUCAGAGAACGCUUCAAUGCAGCCAGCAAUGCUUCCAAAAUUUUGCAGGAACGGAUUGAGGAAAUGAGAACAAGUAAUAAAGAAAAAGACAAUACCAUCAUUCGACUAAAAUCUCGACUGCAGGAUUUAGAAGAAGCGUUUGAGAAUGCUUACAAACUCUCAGAUGAGAAAGAAGCGAGACUGAAACAAGAAAACAAAAUGUUUCAAGAUCUCUUAGGAGAGUAUGAGUCCCUUGGAAAAGAACACGAAAGAGUAAAGGAUACACUGAAUACAACUGAGAACAAAUUGCUUGAUGCACAUACUCAGAUUUCUGAUUUGAAAAGAACAAUUUCAAAACUUGAAGCUCAGGUCAAGCAAGUAGAGCAUGAAAAUAUGUUAAGUCUUCGCCAUAAUUCUAAAACUCCCAUGAGAUCCUCACGUGCCAACACAUUGGCCACCUCCGACGUCAGCAGGCGCAAGUGGCUGAUACCAGGAGCAGAGUAUUCGAUCUUUACCGGCCAGCCUUUGGACACCCAGGAUAAUAGAAUGGAUAACCACCUGGUGGAAACCUGUGCUUCCGGGUACCAUUCUCCUCCGGAAAAGGAUUCUUCAUCUGGAAGUUCACCAAGAAGCUUAUUGAUAAAAAAACAAAGAGAGACUUCAGAUACACCAAUCGUGAAAGCUUUAAAAGAACUUGAUGAAGGAAAAGUAUUUAAAAAUUGGGGCACACAGACAGAGAAAGAGGACACCUCAAAUAAAUUAGCGAAUCCUCGGCAAACUGAAAUGUCAGUCAGUGCAAGUCGGUCCCCAGAGAAAUGUGCCCAGCAAAGACAGAAGAGAUUUAACUCUGCUUCACAGAGAUCGUCAUCCUUACCACCUUCAACUCGUAAAUCAAGUACUCCAACAAAAAGAGAGAUUAUGUUAACACCAGUGACUGUGGCUUAUAGUCCAAAGCGAUCCCCUAAAGAAAAUUUGUCCCCAGGAUUUAGUCAUCUGCUGAGCAAAAAUGAAAGCAGUCCAACUCGAUUUGAUAUACUUUUGGAUGAUUUAGAUACUGUUCCUGUGUCUGCAUUACAACGUACCAAUCCAAGAAAACAACUCCAGUUUCUUCCUCUAGAUGAUUCAGAAGAAAAAAAAUAUUCAGAAACAGCCACCGACAUCCAUGCUAAUCAUAGCUCUUCUCCCGAACUGUUGCCAAAUGGAGUGAAGAAAGUGUCUGUGAGAUCAGCCUGGGAGAAGAAUAAAUCAGUUAGCUAUGAACAGUGUAAGCCCGCGUCAGUAGCACCACAUGGUAAUGAUUUUGAGUACACAGCAAAAAUUAGGACCCUAGCUGAAACGGAACGGUUUUUUGACGAACUUACAAAAGAAAAAGACCAGAUUGAGGCAGCACUAAGUAGAAUGCCUUCUACUGGAGGACGAAUCACUUUGCAGACAAGAUUAAACCAGGAAGCCUUGGAAGAUCGUUUGGAAAGGAUUAACCGAGAACUGGGCUCAGUUCGAAUGACAUUAAAGAAAUUUCAUGUUUUGCGCACCUCUGCAAAUCUCUGAGAUUUGUAGCCAUUAAAUUUUGAGACGUUUUUGUUUGCACUAACGUAUAAUUAUGCACUCAGAAAAGGCAAACUAUUUUGUACUGUUUAUAAGCCUUCAAAUAGUAGUUUUACAAUCAUGCUAUUCUUUACACUUGCUGUUUUAUACUUCAAAUGGCCACAUAUUUUCAAGAUAUUUUUGUUAUGCUCAGGAAUCUCUUGUAUAUUUUACUAUUUAAAAAGUGUUAUUUUUAAAUAGUAUAAGUCUCCAGUUUAUAUCAAUAGUAAGGAAAUGUAAACAGGGAGGCAGCUUGUUUCUAAACAAAUAGUGUUAUCCUUUUACAGUUAACUUUGCACACUAAUUUUAUAUACUUGUUCUACAUUGUGAAUAUGAUUUUUUUUAAAUAAAUGCUUAAGAAUAGCUUCCAUAAUAAUAGACUAAUACAUGCUGAAUGCAAAAAAAGAAAAAUGCAGCAUACCUUGGAUUUUAGUUGUGUUGAGAUUUUUUUCCCUUAAUGGUAAGGCAGUUCCUGUUAGGAACAUGUCUUAGAGUGAAUAUUAGAAUAGUAAUAAUGGAUAUAUUGGAAAUAAUGGAAUAUCAGAAAGCUUUGGAAACUGUGAAUAACUCAUUUUGUUUCCCUUGAACUUUAUUGUCUCCAAGGAAAGAAAAAUGAAAGUUGUAAUUCUCUAAUGUUGUCAUAUAUGUAGUACUUUUCAGAAAACGGUAAGCAGUUGGGGAGCUGUAGCUUUCUACCCAGCAUUCUGAGUGGAACUGUGUCCCUCCUGUGGCCAUAAGUUGGUGGAUGAAGCUUUGAUGAAAGACAGGCCACCCCCCAGUGAGGUUGUAAGAGCAGCCCUGGUUUCCUCCGUGUAUGAGGCUUCAGCUGUCAGUCACCAUGCAGAUGUUUUUAACCCCGCUGCCCCCUUCCACCCCUGCCAAAAAAUCCUCUUGCCAUAGCAGGUGCUGUAAGAACGUAAGAUUAGAGCAUCCUCCCCUGCUUGUUCACUGAUAGGGGAUGUGUGCAGAUGGACCAUUGGGCCUCUCCUUUGGCCUUGCUGGAGGGCUCCUGCUCACGGCCUUGGCAGUGGGAUGUGGGCAGGAGGCUGUGCUCUGAUCAGCGGCACUAGCAGGUAUAUGUUCUUUUUUUUUUUUUUUAAAGAUUUUAUUUAUUUAUUCAACAGAGAGAGAGAUAGCCAUUGAGAGAGGGAACACAAGCAGGGGGAGUGGGAGAGGAAGAAGCAGGCUCACAGCAGAGGAGCCUGAUGCGGGGCUCGAUCCCAUAACGCCGGGAUCACACCCUGAGCCGAAGGCAGACGCUUAACCGCUAUGCCACCCAGGAGCCCCGCAGGUAUAUGUUCUGACUGCUGGGCAAGUCCGGGUGGCUCCACGGCCCACUUUUCGGGUGGCUGGUCGGAAUCCAGUGCCCACACAUUCAUGUACGUGUUCAUAAAUGGACUCAUUCCAAACUUUCAAAAUUGAUUCCCACUGAUAAUGCUCAGGUUUUAAAGUUUGGCUUUCUGUUGAGCUUUUUCUUCCUAUGUGACUCUUAGUAGCUCGUAGUUAAAAUGAGCCAAGCCAACCAUCACUCCACUUGGGUCUACGAAUGCCUUUGAGCAGGGAUCUCAAACUAUCUUUGAGCACCCUUCACCAAAGCUUACCUGGCUGAUCUCCAGCCCUGAUGCCCCAGUGGUGCUCCCUUCUCAGCUUUGCGGGGUGGGGGUGGGGGUCCUCCAUAGGGAGGGGCCAUCUGACACCUGCCUCUCCUGUUCCUAUCCAUGAAUUGAACCUUUGCUCCCAACUCCUGCCACCAGUUGAAGACCUUGGGCUAAUCACAAUUAUUCAUCAACAGAAUAAGUGCCUUUAUUCAUAGUAUUUUCUUCUAGCCUUUUUUUUUUUUUAAGUCAGCUAGUUAUAGUAAGGCAUAAGCUAGUUUUAAUCAAGCUCCAGUACAGCUGUGUCAAGGCCUAGUAAAGGGAUUGACUUUACUGAUGGUAUUCCCUUUGUGUUCCUAUAUGUGACAUUAAAAUCUAGCUUGAAAAUUAUUAGGAUAUUCAUUGUUCCCUCCUUUUUCACGAUGUCCACUACCUUCUCAAGAAUAGGAAAUUGCCAUUUCAGAAGAGAUAGUUUUAUCUUGUGAAGGAGUUACCUUCUUAGUAGUCUCUAUUGGCUUAUUCCAAGAAAGAUCUGAAACCCCAUCAAAACCUCUUCUGUGCCUCUCAGAAAACAACGUGCUUUGAUUCUUGAAACGUAUCAUAGAUUGGAAGUAUCAGUCACUUAAACAUUUAAAAAACCUUGUUCUUCAUAGCUGUGAAGAGGAGAACCAAGGAAGAUCCUUUCAGCCAUCUUUCCCAUUUUUUGUGCUUAAUUUACAAACACAGAACGUUCUACUUAAAAACAACUCAACCCCAAAGGUUUGCAAUGUUAGAAAGUAGCCAGUGUCCCUGGGAGGUGAACUACUUGGUUCCCGGCUGGGGCUGAGCAGCUGGGGAGGAACACCUGAGUGCACCUUCCACUUCUGGGAAGUGCCUUGUGGAGGUGGCUAAGGGCAGAGCUGCUGGGCUGGGGAGGGAGAGCCAGGCGGACCUGGGUCACCAGGCUCAGGCCUGCCGGCUUCAGCUGCAAGAGAUAAGAUGAAGCGAUAAGAGGCUUCCUUCCAUUUUAAAGGAGAUUAUGUAAAGUACCUAGUGCUUAGUAACUUUUCAACAGAAGUACACGUUUCAGAUUCAAUCUGGGUUAAUUAGGCGUUUGAAGUAGUGAUUCAGUACUUUUUAAAUAGGAAAGUAAUUUAAGUCAGCAAU